AUGAGUGAGCACUAUCCGACACUUGCGCAGACUGCGCUUGUCGCUGCUGCGUUCAAGAUCCUCUUGUUCCCCGCCUACAAAUCCACCGACUUUGAAGUCCAUCGCAAUUGGCUCGCUAUCACGAACAGCCUUCCUCUGGAGAAGUGGUAUGUCGAAAAGACUUCGGAAUGGACUCUGGAUUACCCGCCCUUCUUCGCUUACUUCGAAUGGAUACUCGCCCACGUUGCUCGUCUCGUAGAUCCCCUCAUGGUGAAGGUCUACAACCUCGACUACGAUAGCUGGCAGACCGUCUACUUCCAACGUACUUCUGUCAUCGUUACCGAGCUUGUUCUCGUCUGGGCGCUUCAGACCUUUAUCGAAACUGCUCCCCUCAAGUCUCGCCGUGCUGCUCAGACCGUCGCUCUAUCAAUCAUUCUCUCCCCAGGACUUCUCAUCAUCGACCAUAUCCACUUCCAGUACAAUGGCUUCAUGUACGGUAUUCUCGUCAUGUCUCUUGUUCUCGCGCGCCAAAACAGUGAACUGCUGAGCAGUGGACUCAUCUUUGCCGCCCUGCUCUGCUUCAAGCACAUCUACUUGUACCUGGCCCCAGCCUAUUUUGUCUAUCUUCUGCGCGCAUAUUGCUUGUCAUCCAAGUCUAUCUUUCGCAUUCGAUUUUUGAACUCGAUCAAGCUGGGCUUGGGUAUUGGAGCCAUCUUUGGUGCAGCCUUUGGUCCUUUUGCUGCUAUGGAUCAGAUCCCUCAGCUUUUAAGCCGGCUCUUCCCCUUCUCCCGUGGACUUUGCCAUGCUUACUGGGCGCCCAACGUCUGGGCUCUUUACUCCUUUGCUGACCGAAUCCUUAUUCAUGUUGCCCCACGACUUGGAUGGGCUGUCAACAAGAGCGCACUGCAAAGUGUCACCCGUGGCUUGGUUGGAGACACGGCGUUCGCUGUAUUGCCAGAGAUCAGUCCGCGAACCUGCUUUGUUCUCACAUUGUUUUUCCAGGUCGUGCCUCUGAUCAAGCUCUUCUUCCAACCAACUUGGGAAACAUUCAUUGGUGCUGUCACAUUGUGUGGCUACUCCUCUUUCCUAUUCGGUUGGCAUGUGCACGAGAAGGCUAUUCUUCUCGUCAUUAUCCCAUUCAGUCUUAUCGCCCUUCGAGACAGGCGCCACCUCGGAGCAUUCCGACCUUUAGUCGUAGCCGGCUAUGUGUCACUCUUCCCGCUCCUUUUCACACCGGCGGAGUUCCCUAUCAAGACCAUCUACACUAUUGUCUGGCUGGUGGUGUUCCUCUUGGCGUUUGGUCGCCUUGCCCCUGCUUCCAACAAGCCUAGAAUCUUCCUCCUGGACCGUUUCAGCACUCUUUACAUCGCUAUAAGCAUCCCGCUUAUUCUGUACUGCUCUCUUCUACAUCAUCUCAUUUUCGGAAAGGCAUAUGAGUUUAUCCCAUUGAUGUUUACGAGCUCGUACACUGCGAUAGGUGUGGUUGGGAGCUGGGUGGGAUAUAUGGUUGUGUAUUUCACUGCAUAA